AUGCUGCCCACCCCCUUCUCGGUGAAGGACAUCCUCAAGCUGGAGCGACUGGGAGCAGCCGGGGGUCCCGACGCCGCUGACGGCACCUCCUGUAGCUCAGGUGGGGAGAUCGAAGCGGCUGCGUCCCGAAAACGUUUUCUCGGCCACCCCUUGGAGGCAGAGGAGAAGCCAGCCGAGCCCUGCCACCACCACCCCCGGCAGCGGCAGCGGAGGAAGCCUCGGGUUUUGUUCUCCCAGGCUCAGGUGCUGGAGCUGGAGCGCCGCUUCAAGCAGCAGCGCUACCUCUCAGCUCCGGAGCGGGAGCACCUGGCCAGCCUGCUCCAGCUCACUUCCACCCAGGUGAAGAUCUGGUUCCAGAACCGCAGGUACAAGUGCAAGAGGCAACGGCAGGACAAAUCGCUGGAGCUGGCUGCCCACCCGCCGCCCCUGCGCAGGGUGGCGGUGCCCGUGCUGGUCAGGGACGGCAAACCCUGCCUGGGGGGCUCCCAGCCUUACCCAGCCCCGUACAGCAUCACGGCCAGCCCUUACCCCUACAGCUCCUACUACAGUGCCUACAGCAGCAGCCCCUAUGGCGCUGGCUAUGGGGGGAGCUACGCUGGGGUGCCCCCCGGCGCCACCCCCGGCAGCCCUGCUGUGAACGUGAGCUUGGGCACGGCCGGUGGUGCCCAGCACCAGCCCACCUGCUUGCAAACCACCCUGCAAACAGGCAUCAGGGCUUGGCUAGAGGAGGACAAUGAGGUGGCAUUACUGAAGCUGAUGAAGUUUUCCAGGCAGACAGUGUGA